GCAAAACGCUCUCAAAUUUAAGUUUUACGCUGUCAAUUAGCAAAUACUGCUGAUUUUGUCCACCGGUUUUUAACGCCUGCUUAACAUAAGAGGAGAUGUAUGUCUAACUGAUUGUAUCUGUUCCACUGGCAAAAGUUUUGGCUUACAUUAGAAUAGAUCAGUUUACUUUGCGUUUGAGUGGUCUUUGCUGGUGACACGAUGUUACAUACUGGUGCCUCCUUCAUCGCUGGAACUAAAGUGGAAAGUAGAAAGCAAGUUGCUCCAGUCAUAAAACACAUCAUCACGGACAGUGAUUUAGGAAUACGUGAAGGGGUUCCUCUUAAAGCUUUGGACCUCAGCUAUGUGACAAGGCUAAUAGAAGAUCCUUGCUCUUGCAAUUUGAAGGAAAGACAUCUUAAUGUGCUCAAGAAAGUAGUAAAAAGGUAUCAAAAUGGCAUUCCUCUUAAAGAUUUGGUAGAAUUCUUUAAAAUUCUGAAUCUCUGUGCAGAAAAAGUCAAGGAGCACCCUGACUACAUUUUCCCUCUUUGUGAAUUACUUAAAUUGUGUGGGUUAAAAUUUCUAAAGGUAAAGAUUUCCUUUCCAGGAGAGGAGACUAACUUUGUCCAAAUUGUGACCGAAUCAAUUUCACAAAUGGGUUUCUUAAUGAGAGUGCCAAGUAACCAAGUGAGAAUCCAGAUCUGUAAUUCCAUUAUUAGUUUUUAUAAGCCAAAGACUUCGAAACAGCAUGUUGAAGGUUUCCUUCCUACCAGUCCAAGUUAUAAGGUACACAUGGCUGAGCAGAGCGGUUUGGCAGAGACCCUGGUGUUGUCUCUGGCCUUGCUGGAAAAUCAGUUUGAGGUGAAACUCAGAGUACUUCAGGCAUUGCAGAUGCUUUCUGGCUCUUCUGGUUGCUGCAGCUUAAUGCUGAAAGUAGAAGCUGCAAGUAAGCUUUGUUCUCGACUGAAUGAUCAUGAUCCUUCAGGAGAACUUCUGUUUCUUUCUUCUGAAAUAUUGUGGAACUUACUGGAAAAAGGUUGCAAAGAAGAAGUAACUUCCCAGCUUUGCAAUCUUGACUGCAUUAAUGCUUUGAAAGAGGUAUUUCUCAAACAGCUUUUAAAUGGCUUCCGGCAUUAUGACCUACAACUUAGAAAUGACCUGCUUGUGAUAGCAACAGUAAUUGCUGAAAACCCCAAAGCACCAAUGAUUGAAAGUGGAUUUGCAAAACAGCUCAUCUUGUUUGCAACAUUCCCUGAAGUUAAAAGCCACAACCCACUGGUCCGCAGCCUGAAACUUUCCUUUAAAAAUGAAGACUUUGAGAUGAAGAAGCUGCUGUUUAACCUAAUUGUUGUCAUGUCCAAGGAUCUGUCUGCUAUACAGUUGUUCAAUGAGGGUAAAGUCCUUUUGUCACUGUUUCAUUAUGUUAAACCAAAUGAUAAACCUGGACCCCGAGACUGGUCUGCAGCCCAGUAUGAGGAACUGCAGCUUCAUGCAUUGGCUACACUGGCCACAGUUGCUCCUUUGUUGAUUGAUGACUAUAUGACCUGCCAAGGAAAUACUCGUCUGCUUCUGUUACUUGAAUGGUGUGUAAGUCAAGAUGCCUUCUUUGGUCAGGGCAAUAGCUUCCAUGGUACUGGUGGCCGGGGGAACAAGAAAUCACAGAUGCGCUAUUGUCUUAGACUCCUGAGGUCUGUGGUGUCUCUGAGUGAUGAGACAGUAAACCAUGAUCUCUGUGAUCAAGGAGCAUUGGACCAGUUGCUGGGAAUCCUAAAGAAAACAGUAGGGGACUCUCAAGAGGAAGAUACCAUUUCACUAGAAAUUAAGACUGACAUUUUACUGAUUGCAUCAACACUUUGUGAAAAUGAUCUUCAUAGAAAGGAACUGUUUGGUUCUGGUGGAGUAGAAAUAAUAAUUGCACUUUUAAAGAUGGACCCAGCAAAGUUCUACAGUGGCCUUGGCCACAACAAGCUCAUUCUUUCAACAGUGGAUUGCAUCUGGUCCUGUAUUGUUGGGUGUUAUACCACUGAAGACCUUUUUUUGGAAAAAGGGGGUGUUUUUCUUCUCCUGGAUUUACUUGCUUCAUGUCCGAAAACCAUGCACAAUGUGAUUCUUGGGACAUUGCUUGAGUUUUGUGAUAAUCCCAAGAUUAUUUCACACAUCAACACAUGGAGGGGGAAGAAGGACAUGACAGCAGCUGUCCUCCUGGUGCAUCUCUGGAGGGAAGAGGAGAAUGAGCUGGGAGUCAGACGAGAUGAACAUGGGAGAAUCGUAGAUGCCAAGAAACCUUUACUCUGCUCUUACCAAGAAGAGGAAAAAGUGGUGUCUUUACCAGCCAACAGUGCAAGUGCAGCAGUGAUGGAUGUAUCUGAAAACAUGAGGGCAAAGAUUUAUUCUGUUUUUUGUAAACUGGGGUUUGAAAACCUGGCUGGUUUAUCAACAGAAGAUUAUGUCACACUUGCUAUCAUAAGCAGAUAUCUGGAUUUUAAGCUUGGAGAGGUGUGGAAUGAGAUUUCUAGAGAGCUUGAAGAAGAAGGUGUUAGACCUGUCACCCCUGAUGCGGAAGCAUUGGAAAGCAUUGCGAAGGCUGCAGAAGAUGUGGGCAGGAAAGUUGCUACCCUGCAGGCUGACAUGCUAGAAAACCAGCAACAGCAGGACCUCCAGGAUGAACAGAGAAUAUAUACAGAGAUACAGAUGAACCACCAACAGUACGAACUGACUAAUAAAUCAUGGGACGAGUAUGUAGCAAGAACAUCAAACUAUGAAAUAUUGAAGAAUGCUAAAAGUCUUCAGGUGAAAGCCAUAGAAUCAUCCAAACCCAAGAUGAGACAGCAAGAUGCAGUUUUUCACCCGAUUCAGGAUACAGGUCUACCUACAAACUUCUGUGGCCGUCUGGUGACGGUGGACAGCACGCCAGCCCAGCUGACAGGAGGACCUUUGGCAAACACAGACCUUGCACUGGAGCAGGUCUCCAUCAGAGGAGGGGCUCUGCAGAAAACUAAAGUAUCUAAAGAGUUGGAGCAAUACCAGAUGGGUUCGAUAGCUGUCAAAUAAAUGCUGUCAAGAAUUCUUAGUAUUGUAUAUCUUAUAAGUACUGUAUUUUGUUGUCUCAGUUGACACUUGUGUAUAAUGAAUCUUUGUUUAGUUGUAUAAUUGUUUUGUUGUUAGUUCAAUUAAUAAUGAAGAAAUUACUCAGUUUUGUGAUUCAACACUUAUACUUUAUCUGAAUAUUAAACCGUGUUAGCUUUUUGCGUCUGGGUAGAUUCUGUUUCUGAGUGAUCAGCCCAAGGUUAUUUAUCCGUCAAUUCUGGAUGUAUCUUUUUUCAUUCAUUCAACAGCUGUUAAAUAAGCUGGCAUAAAUGAUAGUUGUAAAAAUAUUAAUAUUGUUUUCCACAUAAUAUGCUUUUUCCCGUUGUAUAAACAUUUUGGGGAAAGUAAGCUUUAGAUAAUCCUUGAAUAUAGUAAUACAUUAAUAAGCAAUAACCAUGAAUUCUAUCAGACACCUCUCCAUGGUUAUUUGGUGGUUUACGCAGUUCAGGUAAACAAAAAUAACUGACAAACUUAAUGCAAUUUAAUUCCCAUUUCCCAGUAUUUAAUUUAAUAAAAACAGCUGGUUUCUUCUAUCAGAAGUCUUUGGAGCCGUUUGUGGGUGCACAUUUAUUCUGCGGCAGUGGGAUAUCAUUCUUGCUUGAUGAGUUUAAGUAAUGUAGGGUUGCACGCUACACAUUCUCAAGGAUCCUUUCAGGUCAUUGGCAGGUUUUUUAGCUGUUACCUCUCUGAUAAUGAGAUUUGCUUUAUAAUGUAACUAGUAUUAUCCUUUAACCAGUUCUAGCCUAGUUUCAAUGUUUCAAAUUGUAAAAGCUCCUAUGCAGCAUGGAUGGUUUGGUGUUAGCCUUGCUAUUGUAUAAUAUGCAGUUUGAAGAUAUCCACUACAAUGAUAAAUCACUGUGAUUUUGUAGUUUACCAUAUUUUCCCCAUACCUAUGCAAUGUAUUUACCCAAGUUUAUCAUAGUUCUGUUAUUUACUGUGCAUACCUUGUUACUUAAUAUGCCCUGCUCUGCAUUUCCCAUCGUAAACCACAGUAAUCUUUUGCACAGGAUUAAAUGUGCAGAACAAAUGAAUGAACACUAAAUCUGAUAGAUAAUGGGUAAUAUCACAUUGUAAAGUAGUACAUUAAUUGUUCCAGUUUCUAAUCAGAUGUUUUUAAUAUUCCUGGCAAAUGUGAAGAUACACUUAUUAACUUGUGUGAUAAUUUAAAUAGCUUUUGUCUUGCAUAGAAAAAUGAAUGUUAUUAAUAAAAUUAAAAAGUAGCAUUUACAUGGUACUGUCUUUGAAAACAUAAAAACUGAUUGAUGAAAAUGCUUACCCCAUUAACAAAAUAUACAUUUUUACUUUUAAUUGUGAAAUACAUCUAUACAAAAUAUGUUGGAUUGCAUUACAAUGAUCGAAUUACAGUAUAAUUGUCUGCAAAAUAAUACUGCUGGAAUAGUCUAGUUUCAACUUUGGCAGGUUUCCUGAGAAAUUAUGUCUGCCUCAAAAUAUACAAAAUAUAUAUAUAUUUUGUUCAAUAAAUCCAAACUUACAAAGGGCAUAGUAAGUUUGCAUUUUUGUAUUAUUGAUGUGCUAAUUAAAUAAUAAAU